CUGCCAGAAAAUGUUACUGUUGUCUUUCAGUUCAGUUACUUUCUAAUCGUGUCCGUGUGUGCUUAUCAUUAGUGAACGUGCCGUGUCUCUUUGUGUUUCAAAUCUCGCGAUUAGCGAUAUAUUUUUUAAUUUUUCGACGAAAUUUGUGUCAAUGUGGGAACAGGUUGCCCCAAAACGCACCUGUGUAGAAAAGGAGUGAAACCCCUUGUGGGUCAUGGAUCAGAGAUGAUCUGAACAGCUGUUUUAGGAUUUUGAAAGCAUCCCUCCAUGGUCAUCGCUUCAGAGAUCAUCCUCCAACGAAUAAUGGUGCCGUAGGAGAAGAAGAAGCGAAAGAGAAACAACAACGAAAGAAAACAAAACUAGUCAACAACAAUGUCACUAUCUAUGGAAUCUGAGAAGAAGAAGAAAAAGAAAAUAUUUUGCGACAACUUUGGGUUUAAAAUUUCUAUAAUAAACUAAGUGCGCUAUAGAUCAGUGCUGUUUCAGUGUUUAAUGUGAGUGGAUAGGAAAAUACAUAAAAUAUUCACCGCGUUUAUUCGAAAAAAAUCUGCAGCUCAUUUUAUCUAGGAAUUUUUGUAUUGAAAUUUCUAGUCAGGUUUUCAAUUAGGGAACUUUCAUAUCCUGAACUUUUAAUUUUAUUUCAAAUUUUAUCCUGUGAAUCUCAACUUGGGGAAGUCUGACAAAUUUUGUUUCAAGUUCAAACAUUGAAUUUGUUCUAUAAUUGACAAACUUAAGAUUAGAAUGUAGGAUCGUUCUGCUUUAUUUUGAAAUUUUGACUACCAGUUCCUGACCAAAGAAAAAAGUAAUAUUUUGAAUCUCGGACUCGUUAUAGGAAAUAAUUUUAUGUAUUUGACAAAUUACUGCUUUAGAACAAACGAGCAUUUUUAUAGUAUCUUAUUCAAUUUUUGACUUUUCACCGGUCUGACUAAACUUAAAACUGAGAGUGACAUCUCGAAGUUUGAAAGAUCGAACAUUCACUGAUCUCUAAUCUCAAACGAACCAAGAUUAAAAUCCCACAGACUAAAAUACACCUAGGAUAUAUUCGAAACUGAGUUUAACUUAACUAAGAUCUUCGAAAAAGAACGAACCAAGUUUCUUUGGAUUCAAAACUUCCAUCUAAAAUCUAAUAUUCGAAACUGAAUAAAACCUGAAACUAGCCAAGUUUGAGAUUUUGGAAUUAGAGCAAAUUUGGUAGAGUGAACCAAGGUUUCCAGGAUAUUAAACUCUCAAGUUUCAAAACUAAACCAAGAUCGUUAAAACCUGAAGGUUCUUAUCAGGUACUUGAAUCAUAAUAAUCAAUGAUUUCUGGAUGUGGAAUUCUUCUAGCAUAUAAUAUUUGAAAAAGAAUAGAAACCUAAUCGAAGCAACAUCUCCAUACUAAAACAAAUUAAAACGAUUGAAGGUUCGUUGGAUUCAAAUCAUUCAUCUAGGAUACAAUAUUUGAAACAGAAUAGAAACCUAAUCGAAGCAACAUCUCCGAACUAAAACGAAUUAAAACGAUUGAAGGUUCUUUGGAUACAAAUCAUUCAUCUGAGAUACAAUAUUUGAAACAGAAUAGAAACCUAAUCGAAGCAACAUCUCCGAACUAAAACGAAUUAAAACGAUUGAAGGUUCUUUGGAUACAAAUCAAUCUAGGAUAGUACUGAAUCAAAGUUUAAUAGACCCACCUCAACUUAGGAGCCAAAAUGGACACCGAAGUGUAUAUCCACCGCUCCACCAGCUCCAACAACAACAACGCGCCCCCGGUCUCCACGAAGAAACGGUGGAGUAUAUCAACCGCCUCCACCGCCUCCUCGCUGGACCGUCUCGACGAGGAAGGACCGCCCCUUUCCUCCUCGCUGCGGCCCCCACUGCCGCCCCCGGGCUCGGCCGGAGGCAGACGCAAGUCAUGGCAUGUGGGGCGGCUGGACUAUCGCAAGCGGAGGAAGGCUAGUGCCCAGGGUGACGAGCCGCCCCCGGCUAACAGACAGAAACGACACUCGUGGUGGACUGUCUUUCUACCUGAGCAUUUUGGAAGCAGAUCCCGCCGUUCUUCCACAGACGUCGGACGUACUUCUGAUCAAAUCCCUUGGGUCAGGAGUAAAAGUCGCAGCGUAGAUCACGGAUUUGUGGCCCCCUUUGAUUUGGAUUCACUUCGUAACAAAAUCGAAGGACGCAUUGAAUCCAUCGACCGACUCAACAAAGAUGGAGACGGGUACCAGGGUAGUAAAGAGAGUCUCACAGACAGCCACAAAAUGCACAAGUCACUACCUCAAAAAACCACCACAUAUAAGGUGGAAGCCAACGAUACACUGACAUCUAUAGCGGCGCACUUUGACACGACGCCAUCUGAGCUGGCCAUCUUGAAUCGACUGGCCGGCUCGCGAACUGUGUUCCCCGGUCAGGUGAUUAGGGUGCCCGAGAAGAAGGGGGCGCCUGCCGUUGGUGGAGGAGUGGGAGUAGAGGGUGGUGAGGAGAAGGCAGAGGAGAAUGGUGGGGAACGGACCGCCACUGAGGAGGAGGCGGGGAAGGCUGAGGAGGAGACAGCGAUUCUGGAUAAGCUAAGAGUGGCCUCUCCGAAGCCGGGUCACGUGGAGCGAAUCAGCUCACCGCAGUCUCCGCUGACGUCAGCCAAUAGGAAUAAAGCACUAGAGAGGUUCCUCAAGAUCUGUGUGCGGCAUAUCACUGAUGGACAGGGAGUGGUGUCCGGUGUGCUGCUGGUGACCCCGAACGCAGUGAUGUUCGACCCGAACGUGUCCGACCCACUGGUGAUCGAGCAGGGUCCCGAGUCAUACGGUGUGAUUGCGCCCAUUGAGUAUGUUGUCAACGCGGCCAUCUAUCACGACAUUGCGCACAUGCGGGUCGGCAACUCUGAUCAAGCCAGGAACCUGCCGAAACCCGAGGUGUACCAUGCCAAAUCGGAGGUGGAAGAGGAGACAGUGUUCCACAGCCUGGACGAGGUGGAGGGGGAAGGCGAUGGAGAGGGGGAAGCCAGCCUGCUCACAGCCAAUCAGGGCGACUCUCUGGACAGCGGCGACCCCCACCAUUCCCCAUCUGCCCGCGAGGACUCCCUCCUAGCCAAGGACGAGACUUUUCCUGAGCUCAGGCUUUCAAUGGUGUCCAGGUCGUCGACGGAUGAGGAAGGAGAGGAGGAGGAGGAAGAGGAGGGUGAGGUGGACAUAGAUGGUGGUCCUGUGCCCAGAGAUGGCGCCGCUUUUCCCAAAGCUUUUGAGCGCGACCUCGUCACCCCUACCAACUUGGUUACCUCCACCGAUAAAUUGGAGGAAGAAACACCGACAAUAGGGGAAGGCGAUGAGACAGAGGGUGAACUUGAAAUGGAUUUUGCGAAGUCGCUAGAAGAGAGACGGAAAUCUUCGCUGGAUCACCACUGGGCUGUGCCCAGCAAACCGCACUCACUCGAAGACACCCAUCAAGAAGGGUGUCUAGCAACAAGCAGCCCCUCCUCGACAAGUCAGCUGGUGAAGUCGUCCUGCCUACACGACUCGGGCAUCGACAUCCGCGAACCGCCCCUUUCCGCCUCCCGCGAUCCGCCUCUACCGCCCCUUUCCGCUUGCCGCAAAACGGUCUACUCGGACGCGGAUGUUCUGCUGGCUCCGCGCGACCAGUUUGUGCCGCCCAUCGCCAUUCCGCCGCCUCCCUGCGGGGGCAGUGGAGGUAGUGGGGGCGGUGAACGGAAGAAGACUACUUCCGUUUCGUUUAGUCUGGAGGAGGAGCAACCGGUGCAGGCGACGUUGAGGAAUUCGGCCGCUUCCGAGGCCGAACGUGAGGUCAAGAAGAGUAAGAUGAAGAAACGUCUCUCCUACCCGCUGUCAUGGAUGGAGGGGAUUGUUGGAGAAGGAGGCAAGGAUGAGGGAGGUGGAGGGGGUUCCUCCUCUUCUCUUCCCUCCUCAGCCGACUCGCACACUCCAUCCUCCUCACACUCACAGGCCAACACCACCUCCUCGUCGUCUCACUCGCACUCCAGUGUCUUCUCGAAAGUGUUCUCUAGGAGAUCCUCAGUUGGAACGUUCAUCAGGCAACAGAACCAACCAUCAGGCCCCACCCCUCCUCUAUCAGCCGGUGCUGCCAACUCUCUAAAUCAAAAAUCAGCGGCUCCCAAACUGGACUACCGCAGCAUGGUGUCAGUCGACGACAUGCCAGAACUUUUCGCUUCGUUCGACAUUCAUGCACCACUCUUCCCUCAACUUGAUGGCUUAGAACUGAUUCCGCGGCCAGCGAAGUGCUUUGAAGACCCGCCACUCUACCUGCGCCUGCGCAUGGGGAAGCCACUCAACAAGAAAAUCCCCAAGUCCACUCCAGUCAUGUCCUACGGCAAGAAGAAAAUGCGACCCGAGUAUUGGUUCAGCGUGCCUAGAGAGAGAGUGGACGACCUCUACAGGUUCCUGACACUGUGGGUGCCGCAUCUGUACGGGGACCUGGUGGAGGAGAAGGUGCACGAGCGAGGCUACGAGCUGGUCGAGUCGGACACCGAGUUGUGGGAGAGUGAUGAGUGUGGUCAGGGAGGGGGAGGCGGCAAGGCGGAGGUUGGGAGGCAGGGGAGCAGUGAUGAUGAAGUGGGAGAUCUCAGGGAGUCGUGGGAGGUUAUCAAGGCGCCGUAUGCUAAGCUGUACACAAUGAUCAAGACACAGGCUACGCUCAGUACCUCAGAAGCCGAUCAGUCUGAAGAGGUACUGUCUAUGAGCGAGGAGCUUCGCCGAGCCCUGUAUGCGAGCAGCGCUGCCUCGCUGGACCUCGACCUCAGUCUGCCAGACCUCAAUGGAGUCACCGAAAUCCUCACCGAGGAUCACCGCAAACAGCUCUGUAGGCAUCUGCCUGCGCGCGCCGAAGGUUAUGUUUGGACACUAGUGUUCAGCACAUCGCAACAUGGCUUCUCCCUCAACUCUAUGUACAGGAAGAUGAACCGAAUCGAAAGUCCCAUACUCCUAGUCAUCCAGGACACCGACAGUAAUGUGUUUGGCGGCCUCACUUCGUGCGCUCUGAAGGUGAGCGAACACUUUUACGGCACGGGUGAAUCUCUGCUCUACACGUUCACGCCCGAGUUCCACGUCUACAACUGGACGGGAGACAACAUGUAUUUCAUCAAGGGAAACAACGAGUCACUGUCGAUAGGCGCAGGAGACGGCAAAUUCGGUCUAUGGCUAGAUGGAGAUCUGAACCAGGGCCGUACAGAAGCCUGCAAUACAUACGGCAACGACCCCCUAACACCCAGCAAGGAUUUCGUCAUCAAAACGCUCGAGUGUUGGGCUUUCGUCUGAACUGCGCAUGCGCAAAACGUCUAAAAAUGCGUGAGAUUACAACCGAAAGAAAAAAAAGGCUGAGCUACAACCACCAGCUGAAAAUACUACCCGGAAAUUCCUCAAUGAAGAUAUAGGAGACAGCUGGAGUUAUGACUUACAACGGUGCAAUUCAUGAAUGAAGUUUUCUUACAACGGUGCAAUUCAUGAAUGAAGUUUUCUUACAACGGUGGAAUUCAUGAAUGAAAUUUUAGGAGAUGUGUGUGUUAUUCCUGAAAGUAGCUAGGUGAUAAUAGCAGUGUGUUUUUCCUGAAAGGAGAUAUUAGAGAACGCUGUAUUUCUCAAUGAAGUUAGUGGGGAUAGUAGCUGUGAGUUAUUUCUGAGAGGGAAUAUUUAGAGAAUGCUAUAAUUCACCAAUGAAGUUUUAGGAAACAGUGAGUUAUUCCCGAGAGGGGAUAUUAGAGAACGCUGGAUUUCCUCAAUGAAUUUAGUAGAGAAUUGUUGGAUGAGUGAUUCAUAUUCCUGAAAGGAGAAUUGUUGGAGAUAUCUGUCUAAGUCUCGAGAAAGGUUUGGUUCAAAUUUGAAGAGUGUGAUAUUCCUGAAAGGAUAUAUAUUGGAGGAUAUCCGUGUGAGGUUUGAGUUCAAAUGUAUAGGUUGUACUUCUGAAAAUGUAUAGGUUUGAGUUUGGGAUUAAAGAAGAAAGGCUUUAGUGAAUCGUUUUUGAGUAGAGUUGAAUUUAUGGCAGGGAUUAUUGAAAUUUGUAGGGAAUUAUUGUCGGAGUUGUGAUAAUUCUGAGAGUAUAUAAUAAUUAUUGGAGAAGAUGUUGGGUUAUCUGGAUAAGGUUUUAGAAAUGUUUCGGAAAACCUUUCAGGAGUAGAGGAUAGUGUGGGGGAUUUGUUAUGGGAUUGGUUUCUAGGUCACUAAUUAAAUCAAAUGUACCACUAAAUCUUUAGAUUUAAUGGUCUGUUAGGUUUAAUAAGUGUCCUUGAAACCGUGUUGGGAAGCACAAUGUAAUGGGGAAGAUCUUGGAAAAAUUAUUGUAGAAAGGUUUUGAGUUUGGGAUUAAAGAGGAAAGGCUUUAGUGAAUCGUUUUUUGAGUAGAGUUGAAUUUAUGGCAGGGAUUAUUGGAGUUUGUAGGGAAUUAUUCUCGGAGUAAGUAUGAAUUUAUGGGAGUAUUCUUGAUUGAUGCAAAAUUUUUGAGAUUGUUGGUAGAAGGUUUCGGGGAUUAUGGAAAGGAGAGCAGUUGGAAAACGUCUUUAAAAAUAGAGCUGCUCAGAAGGUUGGAGAGUUUUUAAAGAUGUGAAACAUCUGCGUCUUGUAGCCCGAAAUCAAACUAUAAUUAUUGAAUUAUGGAGUUUCAAAAUUUGUCAAAUUUUCAAAGAAAUGUGUGCUUUUUGUUGGGUAAUUUGUCGAAAAAGGUUGUGUUUGGUGAUGAAAUCUUGGAAAUAUCUUAUUAUAUUGUUAAAAACAGUAGGAUUUUCACAGCAGGAGAGUUGCAAGUUAUUUAUAGAAUCAUGAAUAUAAAUAGAGGAGAAGCCUAAUUCUGAUAGAAAUUUCGAUCUAAGAUAAAACUGGCUUGUAUGAGAGGUUUCUAAUGAUUUAACAGAUAACCAACACAACCAUCAAUCGACUAAUAUUGUUGAUUUAACGGUCGUCAAAUUUUGAAAAACAGUGAAUCGGCAAUCAAAGUAAAUGUCAAUUGCUCAUAAAUUUGUGUCAGGGAUGAAGAAAAUAUCAUGCAAGGUAUUGAAGUACAGCCAUGUUCUCAAAAAUGGACCUUAAUAUUAUUCUCCCGCAGUUAAACCCCGUUAGCUUUGCAUAAGCUUGGUUAAGCUCCAGCCAUUUGUUGAGGACUUCAUAAAGUAUAACAAGUUACCAUGUAGUAAUCAGUCUGUAUUUUGAUGUGGGAAUCUAGAAAGAUUUGCAACUUAUUAUGGUAAAUGUUUUAAAUUUUCUGUCAAACUUGUCGAUUUUUAAAUUUAUGUCGUUUUUUUAAAGCAUGUGUUCCCACCAUGGUCUUAUUCUUCUAAUACUUAAUCCCAACAAUAUUCUAUGUUUUUCAAAAAGCAGGCUUUUUUCCAUGAACUAUUUUCAUGGAUUGAUAAAUAAUUUUUACUUGUUUGUAAUCUCAUUGAUUUUGGCACUGUCUUUGAUAUUAUUAGAUUUUUCUUGGCAUUCUAAAUUUGAUUGCUUAUCAUAAAAUUAAUUUGAGAACUGAACCGCAUUUUGCUGAUUCACUAAGGUAUAUUGUUUUAUUGUAUUUCUAAAAAAAAACUAUUUUCUGUUUUUAAGUUUCUGGAAACAAGAAUGCAAAUUUCUAGCUGAAUGUUUUGUAACUAUGGUGUAUUGUUUUUAAAUAUUGAAAUCUUUUACAUUUUCAAACAAAAUUAUAUAUUCUAAUAGAAACGAUUUCCAGGAUAUUUUAUCGUUUAAAAAUUCUCCCACCUCGAGUUUCUUCGAACAAUUUUCUCAACUUAUUUAUCCCAAAUAAUAAGCUGCAAAUAUUUCCUCCCUCAAAAUAUUUUUUUAAUAUUGUAGUUUGAUUCUGUCUGUAUAAUAUUAUAUAUAUUUAUGUAUAGUGUAAUGUUUAGUAUUUAUAUUUAGAUGUGUAUAUUAUUAUUAUUACAACAACUUGUUCACAUUGUUAUGUAUUUUUUGCUCGAUGUACCUUAUUUGAUUUGUUUUUCGUAACUGUAUCUUAUUUAUCCAUUGCUACCAGAUUGUUGAAUAAUAUUUUCUUACAACAUAAUAUUUUCUCAUUAGUACCAUAAUAAUUGUUAUAGUUGUCAAUGUUUUUGGUUUGGAUAGUAGUUGUUGGAGUUUUGAUGCAUUAUUCCAACCAACCAUGUGUGGCUAGUAAUGUAAUAUUCUAUGUGUAUUAGUAACUACUGGUUAAAUGUUUAGAAACUAUUGUAAUAUUAUAGAGAAGACCAAUUUAUAAAGCAGUGGCUAUACUAAACUAUGUAUCAUGAUUAACAUUAUUUUAAUUUAAUUUAUUUACCGAAAUACAUUCAUAAAACAUAAUACAUUUAUUUGCAUGGAUAUUAUUUUCGAGGUGAAAAAUUAUAUUAUCAAUAUUAAUUCAUUGUUAUUAGUUCGGAUUUGAAUUUAUAUGAUUUGAAAGUAACUAAAGCUUUUCGUCAAAUAUAAACAAAAAUUAAUAUUAUUUCAGAUACUGUUGCUGGUGAAAUGUUUAAAUAAGUAAUAUUUUCGACAACAUCCUAGUGUACUCAUUAAAAAUAUUAUUGUUAUGUCAUCUGUGUACAUUGAAAUCAGUCAGGUAAAAUAUUCGGAACUAAGAAUGUUUUCUUGAUCUAGCUGACUUGCCAAUUUUGUGGGUCAAACUUGAUUUAAUCCCCUUUCUAAAUUUACUCUAUCAAACUAAUACAUUUUUAUUUAUUUUGUUAGUUUUAUAGGUUCAAUAAAUUUUGUUCCACUGUGCCAAAUCUAACUCAGAGUUGAUACUGAGUUCAAAUUUAUUUUAGAAUGAUUGAACGUUAUUUGUUCUACAAUGGAAUAGAAAAAUGAGUUUUCUUUUCUACUGAACUUGAGUUUCUAAGUAACUUGAGUUUCAAAACUCAGAAUUUGAGUCAACGUCAGUUGUAGUUUCAGUUGAAACUAAACUCUGAUGAGUUUUAUCUCAACUUACAACUGGCAAAGAUAACAAGAUUAUCGAAACUUGAGUUUUUUUGUGAAUAAGAUUAUCUCAGUAAGUAGAAAGGAAAAGAAAUUGUGGAACAAUUAUUAUUCAACAUUCCCGAUUACAGUUAUCAAAUUAUUUAUUCUCAUUUUAAGGAUGUAUGCUUCUUAUGCAGAGAAAAAAAUAUUGACAAUUAUCAGACUGUUUAAUUUAGGUUCACACCAGAUUAUGUUCUCUUACAAUAAAGAUUAUCCCAUUUCAUUUCAAAUUCAAAUUCGAGAAAAAUGUAACCAAUUAUAUCACAAAAAUUUACACCCACACAAUAAUAAUAAUGAAAUUCGAAAAUGAGUCAAUUGAUAAAUUAUAAUCAUAACUAUAAAAAUAUCAUAAUAUAUUUUAUUAUAUCGGAUAAAAUUUCAAUUUAUUAUGUAUUUUUAGAUAAUAAAUGUACUUUUGAAAAUGUAGUAUAACAAUAAUUUAAACAAAUAUAUCAUUGUUAGUUGGUACAUAUAAAUGUAAUUGCGUAAUACAAUACCAAACUUAUUAUAUGUAUAAAUUGAUCGCUUCAAGCAUUUUGUGAGUAAUAAAAGGGAGUUGAAAAUACCGAAUUCUUUGUAAAUAUAUACUUGGUUUGUAGUUACUGUAGGGAUGUGAAUUUCGCUAUGUUAAUCCAUAUUACAUACGUAACAUGUUCAUUAUAAAUGUUACAUACUGUAUAAUCUCAAGUAAGAUUAAGAAUUAUGUGAUAGAAAAUACCUAGCACUAGUAGGGCGUUUAAAAUUAUCGUUGUAAAUGUAGCAAAAAAGUGUAUGAUUCCAUUUACUAUCUUGCUGAACUCAGACUCAUGAAUAAAUUGUUUGAUAUUUCGAGGCAUUUAAACCAAAAUUUGAGAGCUAAAUUGCAUUUGUUUCAAAUGACCAAUGUUUCGAAGUAUAGCUUGCCGUAAUUGUUACAAUCAAAUCGGUUGUGUAAUUUAUUCAAUUUUAUAAAACUUUCUCUCACUUGACAGCUUUUUCUCUUAAAAUUAAAAUACACCGACUGCAAUUUUAUUUUUGUUUUACCUCACAAAAAUUUACAUACAUAGAUCUCAGUAAUGUCUCAGGUCGAUAAAACUGCAUAGGCUCUGAGUACAGUACUCAGAAGAAUAUAUUCUUACAUAGUAAAUGAUGAUCGAAUCUUUUCAAAUCAACUAUUGUUUUCCCUAGAACUAAAUCGAUUUUCCCAAAAAAUGAGAAGUAAACUGAUAUUUCCAAAUUUGACCAAUAUUUCUUAUCAAAAUUAGUUUUGUCCCUUGUAUUGACUGUACUCGAAAAUUCACAGUAAAUAUAAGUGUUGAAGAUUGAUGUUUCUAUCUUAAUUAUUCAACAUUAUAACCUCUCAAAGGAAUAGAGUUGAUCCAUUUUCAACACAUAAAUUUAUUUUACAAAGUUAAUCCAUUAUCCUUUCUUCAGGUUUGUACCUUUUUUUAUUCUCUAUCCUUAUUUAUUUCUUCAGUGUGAACAAAUUAGUUUUGAUUUGUAUGUUGAUCAUAAGCUAGUUUGUUCAAAAAUAUCUAAUAUUUUUAGUUUUUUUCUUAUUCAAAUUUUUUCCAUGGGGUUCUAUGUGUGUGUUUCCUAGUCAUUUAUAGUUGUGCUAUACGGUAAUUUUGGUAACUCCUGAAUGUUUCGUAAUUCUUUCCCUCUUUAUUUUAUUUCAAAUUUUUGUUUCCAAUUCAACUCUAUUUUUCUAUUCAUUCUACUACUGUAAUAUUGUGGUAUGAUUAGAACUUUAUCCAUCUCAAACCCAUAUUUUAUUGUGAAUUCUUUUAUUAUAUAUUUUUAUGUUGCAGUAAUUAUUAUUGUAAAAAGUUUGGUAAGCAUUCAAAUAUCAAUCUAAUGCAUAAAAAAUUUAAAUGUUUCGCUUUAUAAAAGUUUAAAAUAUUUGGAUUGUAUAUUAUGAUGAAUCCACAUAAUAAGGUACAGUAUCUUCUCAUAAUAUAGUAGACCUUUCAAACAAAAUUAAACACCUAGAAAAUUUAUGUUCAUACUAAAGUAUUAUUAAUGAUAGUUAGUUGUUAUUAUUAAUGCGUUGAAUAUUGUAAUAAUUGAUUCAUGCAAUUAUAUUAUAACUAUUAUUUCUAAUUUUCGUUCUGCUUAUUUUGUUUCUGCAUCCUCAUCCAUUAUUUUAUGUUUGCUACAUGGUUUUUUAUUUUUUUUCGUUAUUCAUCAUUUUUCACCGCAACUCCACAAUAUUGCUUUGGGUGUAGCCUAUUAAUGGGUUUAUAAAUAUUAACAAAGUAAUGAAACAUUACAGUUAGAAUUAACUGUUUAAUCGUCCACUCAAUCCUUUUCAGGGACUCUUUACUAUUUUUAUGUAUUUUCCAUAAAUAAUUAAUCAUUUAUGAAGAAUCGUGUAUUAAGUUACAACCAAUAAGCUGAAGAUGGGGCUCCAUGCCUUAAAACUCGUCUGGAAUUUACCUGUUAGUAAAGAUUUCUUCAACUACUCAAGAUCAUAAUCAAUAAUUUGCUCAUCCUUCCUAUUUUGAAUAUACAUAAAAUGCUGAAAUACAUUCUUAAUAACAAAUACGGUAAUCUGCUCUGCUCAAUCGGAUAAUAACUUUUGAAACACCUUUUAGAAAUAAACUAUUGGAAGCUAGUAAAGAUUUACCAAUCAUAUGCAGAUUUGAUUCAAAGCAAGGUCAAAAAUUGAAUCAUUAGAGGAGGAAAUCUCUAUUAGAUAACACUUAUUUCUACUAGAAUUAAACUCCAUGUCGUUAAAUUUGAAAAAAAAUCACAAAUAUUCAGUUACUGGAAUAAACUGUAUAAACCAUGAAUACUUUGAAAUUAAGGAUAACAAGCUUGUAAUAAUAUUGUCAAAACAUUUUUAAUUAAUCUCUUGCUUUUAUAUUUUUUCACUAGCCAAUUUUGAUUUCAAUUUGAAGAAACUUAAAAUUGUUUUAGUAUGAAAAGGUUGAUGGAAUAUACUCAAAAAAUUGUAUUUAUCACUAAACAAAAACAACUAAAAUUGUAGAUUUGAUUUGUAUUCGAUACCAACCAUUUGUAUUCUACAUAAAAUUUAUCCAAAACUUGUAACAAUAUUCUAUUGGAACAAAACAAAAAUACAUAAUAUAUAUGCCAGCUGUAUUUAGUUGUAACAUUUAUAUUACACAUCAAUAUUAAUCAAAACAUUGGGUAAUAUUUGCAUAGUGAAUCAGUGUAAAUAAUAUUAUUGAAAUGUAUAUUUAAAGGGGGUAAUAUGUAACCAAAUUUGUUAUACUCUAUAUUAUUAUUAUAACUCUGGGAGCAAAAAAGAUUGAUGUAUAAUAAAUUAAUGUGGGUAGCUGACAUAAAUAAUUAAACCGAUAUUAUGAUAAAAGUAUUCAGGUAGGAAUGGUAAUUAUAUUGGGGGAAAAUAAGGGGGGAUUCUUGGAAGGAUUCAAUGAAGGUUUAGGAUUAUUCUUUAUUAUGAUUAACUGAUUGUUGUAGGACUGUAGUAAAGUUGAUGACUGUGCUUUCUAGGAUAGAAAACUAAAUAGAUAAAAUAGUUUAGUUAUUGAUAGAUACUAGCACUGCUUAUUGGUGUUAUUGUUAGGUUAUUGUUGUCGAUUCAUUGACACUAUAUUGAUUAUUAUCAAUAAUUACAGCUAUUGUUGUAUCCAUGCAGCUCGCAACAGAGAGAAUAAUUUCACUAGACAAUAUAUUGAUUCAUUGACAACGUUAAUCAUAGAGAAAAGAAUGUAUCUAGAUACUUCUUCACUGGUUUCAUUUAAUGAAUUGAUUUUCUUAUUUAAUCCUCAUAAAUUACAAAAGAAUUCAAUAAAAUAUACUGCAUUAAUGAAAGUAUUCUACAAAAUAAAACAUUAGGAACUACUUUGCCCCAAUAGAGCAACCUCGAGCAAAUUAAUAAUUGUGUAUUUCUAACACCACAACUAAAAACUUCAUUACAAUCGAUACUGUUUAUCACGAACAAGCCUAGAGCUUUUGUGUGCACCAUCCUUAGAAAUAAAUUCUUAUACUAAUUAAUAAAAGCAAUAUAAAAAAUCUUGUAGUACCCUUUAUUUUUUAAAAAACUUUGAAAUAGUUCAACUAGUUUCAAAAAAAUGACCCAAGUUAGGGUCGAAACUAGUCGUUGAACUAUUAUGAAGUUUCUAAAAAAUAAAGGGUACAACAAGAUUUUUAUAUUGUUUUUAUUAAUUUGUUCAAAAGUAGCCCAUGUAACUGAAGUGUUUUUAUAAUUCAUAUACCGGUACCCUAAGGCGAUAUAGUUAAUUGUGUUUUCCUUCUCUAUUCUUUUUUGUAGUAGCCUACUCGAAACUGAGCAGAGGUGAAAUAAAAUUAUAUUGUUUAUACUAAUCUAUUUAGAAUAAUGAUAAUACAGCAUAGUCAUUAUGAUAUCAACCCCUACUGUUGAUAACGGUAUAUUAUACCUGAGUCAUUUACUAGAGAAUAAGCAUACAAGACUCAACCUAUUUCGGACUAUGUGUAACCUUAUCUAAAUUUGGGAGAGGAAUAGCACAAGGUUACCUUAUUUUUCUCUCCCUAUCAUUUUGAUAAUGUACUUAUUGUAUGAAUCAAUUAAGAAUAAAGAAAGCUUAUGCUUUCUCCAUUCUUUUAUGAAUUUGGGCCCACUUUGAAUUUUUAAUAAAAACAAUAUAAAAAUCUUGAAGUACCCUUUAUUUUUUUAAAACUUUAAAAUAGUUCAACUAUUUUAAAUAUUUAAAUAUUUCCCAUGUGAGUGAAGUGUUUUUUGAAUUUUUACUUUUUUCUCUAUUCUCUCUCUCUCACUCUUUAUCCUAUCCUUUUUCUCUCUAUUGUUGUCAAUGAUCAAUAUUGUCCAGCGAUUUUAUGCCCAAACCUCAAAGCGAACUAAUCUACUUGGAUAGCUUAUUUUUAUAAUAGACGUUUAUUUUUUAACGAUACCUAAUAGCCAGCAAUGCAAUUAUUUAUAUUGCUAAUAGAAUUUGAAUUUCGCUUGAAUAUGAACCAUUUACUGUGUAAAAUAAAUGUGGAGAUGAAUAUAAUAACAUUAUAAUGUUGGUAGAGGAGAAGUUUAAUGAUAUAGCUUGGAUAGCGCUGUAAAACAACAUACAUAUUUUCUGCAUUUCCCAUGAUUUUUAUAACUGAUGACAAUUAGUUAACUCAGUUUUGUAUAACAUUGAUAAAUCUGAUUUUGUGAAAUAAUAUUUUGAAUGUUGGAAGCUACUUGUGAUUUGUAUUGUCAAGUUUGUAAUAUUGUGUUGAAUCGAUUGAUUUGAUCAGGUUUUAAGUUGAUGAACGUUUAGAUCUAUUAAAGUGGUUAAUAUCAACGUAUUUCAAUUAACCGUUUUAUACAGAUUUUAUGCUCAGUCGAGUUUUCCAUGUUUCUGAGCAAGAAUUGAUAUUUUCUGGUUAUUCAGUUAUUAAUAUAAAUGAAUUGAUUGAGUAUUAAAUCGGUUUCUGAAAUAGGGUUGUAAUUUUAGAAGGUUCUGGUUAUAGCAUGUUGUUGAUAAGGUUUUAUGGGAGAAUAUACCGUGACUCAUCGUUGAAGUAGUUUAAGAGAUUGAAUCAAAUGGAAUUUCAAAUCCGAAUUUCUAUAAUAUUUUUGAGAAGCCAUUAUGUUUUCUUGAGUUAUUUAGAAUUUAAUUUAUGUGACAUUUUCCAACACCUACCAGUUACUCCAACGUUUUAAAAAUGAUCUGCUAUAAAGCAUUCUUUCUAUUCGUAUUUUUGUUUAAUUAUAGGCUUGUUAGUUAAAUUUUUAUAAGAUUUUCAGUUAGAUUACAAAAUUCCAAUCAAGAGGUGUAAACGUGGUACAUCUUGAAUUUUUCUUCGUAUUCUUGACUUCAAUCAAAAUGUUUGUUCUUUUUUAUUUGGUAACUUUUUAUGCAUAAUUUCUCCCAUUGACAAUUUAUAUAAUUGAAUGUGUCGAUACAUUUGUAGGCCUAAAUGUAUGUGAAGUUUUGGCUAUCGUUGAGAAAUCGGUAUUUCAUGUGUAGUAGAUAUCAAUAACAUGUUACCCGUUGUAAUUGUAAAGGUAAAUUCAGUAAAUUAACUUACCGUUGGUUGUGUAGUUACCGUUCUGAAGUAUUGUUGAAAGAUCUCAGAUGAAAUCAUUAAUUUCAACAGUGUAAUUUCAUUUUAAGCAGGUUUUAAGAUGGCUAAUGAAUGUCAGUAAAUGUAGUUGUAUCAAGGUUUAAGUAUACUAGAUUUGAUAAUGCUCACUAGAAUUAGAGGAUGAAAGAGUGCCAGUUGAUAAUGAAAUUGUAAGGAAAAAUCGCUGGAAAAUGUUAUGAAUGAAAAUACCGGUAUGGAAAAUGUGAAAUUUUUGUUCCCUGUCUCUAGAUGCAGACUGUGUAUUUUGUUUUAAUGUUCCUCUCACAUUCAAAAAUAAUUUUUUUGAAAAGUUAUUAUGAAUGAAAGAGAUGAAAUAAUGUAAAUGCUUUCACAAAUCAUUUUCCAGUUCUAGACUGCAUCUAUGCAAACUUCUGUCCUAUUUUAUUGAUGAAUACUGGUUAGAUGGAAAAUUAUGUACAAGAAAUGUUGAAUCCAAAAUAUUCGAUUAUAAUAUUACACUUUGUGUCGGUAGGGAAAAUAAUAAUUAUUCAUCAGAAUGCAAUGUCGACGUCAAACGAUUCAGGAAUGGAAUUUGAAUGAAUUUGCUUUGAUUGGAGGUAAUUUGUGGGAAGGUAUUUAUGCGAAAUGUUGAAAUUGUAUUUUGACUAUGAUUAAAAGAAGAUUAUUAGAUUUU